AUGGAUUUUUUCCAACAAUCCGGGACUGAUGUUAAUAAAGCACUAUUCGAACAGCUUUUAACAAAAGACACUAAGUGUCUAUCAAAACCACAGAACACAACUGAACAGCGACAAAAACAAAUACAACGAAAAGCUGUUGAUAGAAAACGCUCAAUGAAACCACAAAUGGACAUCCAAGGUUAUGAUGCUGGCGGUUUUAAUUUGUAA